GCCGCCUGCGUUCGACACUUGGAUCCUCGUUCAAAUGACGCUGAACGAGCCAGUCGGUCGGCCGGCGUGCGUGCGUGCGUGCGUGCUUGCUAUGUGGCCUAGAGGGCCUACCUGAUCGCUCACACCGCCCCCUAACAAACACCUGAUGUCGGCCGGAAUCGUGAAUGUGGCGCUUGACUCUUCCCGAUGAUCUUCCACCACUAAGCUCCGCCCAUCAUACCCGACCACACCGCCACCGUGAAGCCUCUUUGCCCCUCAACCAACAUGGAGGCACACAGCACUUCCAAUGGCCCAGCCUACGAUGCCGUGCAAAGCACUUCCACUGCCGCACCACAGACGGUCGAUGCAGCCACCAAGGAGGCGCUCAAGUCGCAGCAUCCCGACAAGUCCAGUUUGAGACCCAAGAGCUUGCUUACAAGGCUGGUGACGUACGCCAUGCAAUUACCGAACCUCACCCCACUCUGGGCACUUCACAUCACCAGCCCUAUGGGUCCCAUGCCUCACAUCCUUGAUCUCCCCUCGAGAGACGCAGGUCGCACGAUUCCCAUCUACGUCUUCAUACCUCCCGCUGCGCACCGACGCAAGGCGAACAGUGAGGAGGAGGCAUUCACGGGCACCACUCGUCCUUGCCUCGUAGACUUUCAUGGCGGCAGCUUCGUCAUGGGCGGGCCGCUCGAGCAAGCCCCUUGGUGCGCAUCUCUCGCUCGAUCUGGUGUCAUCGCCAUAUCCGUCCACUACCGCAUGGGUCCCGUUUGGGACUUUCCCGCCGCUUUAUUGGACGCCGAGGAUGUGGUCAAGGCCGUGUUGGAUGCCAAAGAUGAUGCUGAAGGAGGCAAGACGGAGGCGGGUCGAUACCUCAGACGUGAAAUUGCGCGACGCUCGGAUGACCGCAUCACAGGCAUCGAGGAGCAGCACGUGGGUCUGAGCGGAUUCAGCAGUGGCGGAAACAUCGCUCUCAACAUGCUGCUGUCCAUUCCUGCACAUCUGAAUGGUCAAAAUGGCAUGCCAUCGGUCUCGCACACUGGCGAUUGGCCCUCACCAUUCAUCAACGCAUCUGAAACCCUUCGACAAAUUCCAGCCUUGCUCUUCUUUCCAUCUUUGGACGCUAGACAGUCUCCCUUUGAGAGGAGCAGGCCACAGGGCUUGCCACCACCAGGUCAAGUAGGACUGUUUCUGGAGAAAGCUACAGAUCAGGCGUACUUGCCGAUGGAGCUGCGGGCCCAUCUACGCGCCAGUCCUGGUCUGGCCCCUCUGGGAAUGCCAGGAGGGCCGCGAGAAGAGAUAGAGGUCCGCAAGCAGGCUGCCAGAGAAGCGGGACUCAUGCCUGAAGUCACCACUCCUGUCGACGAGACUUUGCCUACACGAAAAGAAUUGGAUAAUCUGUCAGAGCAGUCCGAAAUUUGGGUCAAAGCAUUGCAGGCUGCAGACAAGGCGGAGAUCUCGUCCGACACGGAUGGCAGCCUCAUCUCGCAACCUCUGCAGGCUUCAUCUGCCAAGGUCCGAGUGCACCGCAUCAAGGGCAUGACGCACGGAUUCGUCACCUUCCCAGACGCUUUCUUGGAUCAAAAGACCAGGGAGCGCAAAGCCAAGGUCAACGAGCAAGCGCGGCAGUUUGUAGUCGACAUGUGGCGUCAAUAGAUGCAUUUGGCACUGUGUUGCUCGAAUGCAGCACAAGAAUCCAUGCAGCAUCAGGUGCGUGGCGAGAGGAGUUUUGAAUCGGCGCCCGUAUGUGUGGCAGGCAAAUU